GAUUUUUCCAAACCACGCGAGGGGAACGCGACAGGUCCCAAAGACCCAAACGAAAAGACCAAGAACUCCAGGCUAGACCCGUUACCAGCCACUGCCUGGUUGAUCCGAAGAUCCACAGGCUUCGUCACUGCCAACUACCCUGUUGGCGAAGAGAAAAAUAGCGAGCAGACGAUGCUCAAAGCCGUGCAGCUCGUUCUCCGGGAGACGAGCAGAGUUCACGGGUUGACGGCGUCAGGUAUCGUCAAUGGCUUCUCCACGGCUCCGAACUCUCAGAGGUUAGCUGGUAAGGUGGCGGUCAUCACCGGCGCCGCGAGCGGCAUUGGCAAGGCGACGGCCAUGGAGUUCAUCAGGAACGGCGCCAAGAUCAUCAUCGCCGACGUGCAGGACGACCUGGGCCGCUCGGUCGCCGCGGAGCUCGGCCCGGACGCGGCCUACGUCCGGUGCGACGUCUCCGACGAGGCGCAGAUCGCCGCGGCCGUGGACCUCGCCGUGGAGCGGCACGGACACCUGGACGUCCUCUACAGCAACGCCGGCAUGUCCGGGUCCGUGACGCAGAUCGCCGUGGGCGCCCUCGACCUCGCCGACUUCGACCGCGUGAUGGCGGUGAACGCGCGUUCGGCGGUCGCGUGCAUCAAGCACGGCGCGCGCGUCAUGGCGCCGCGCCGCCGUGGCAGCAUCCUCUGCACAGCCAGCGUGAUGGGCGUGCUCACCUUCGGCGCCCCGGCCAUCGCGUACGCCGUCUCGAAGGCCACCGUCAUCGCGGCGGUGCGCGCGGCCGCGGGCCCGCUGGCGCGCGACGGCGUGCGGGUGAACGCCAUCUCGCCGCACGCCCUCGCGACGCCGCUGACGCUGCGGUCGAUGGCCGAGAUGUGCCCCGGCAUGGACGAGGCGGCGCUGAGGCGGGUGGUGGAGACGGACUGGAGCGAGCUGGGCGGGGCCGUGCUGGAGGCGGAGGACGUGGCGAGGGCGGCGUUGUACCUGGCGUCGGACGAGGCCAAGUUCGUCACCGGGCACAACCUGCUCGUCGACGGCGGGUUCACCGCGCACAAGGCUGUCGGCAUGCCGUCCGUGGCACGUUGAUCGUGGAGGGAUCAGUGGGCGCCAAACGUGCCAUGAUCGGGCUAGCUCGCGCCGUCGCUGAUGGCGUUGUAGUGUUCCACACCUCGAUUUCUACCGAAGAGAGCACCACCCUAAUUUCAUUUCAUCAACUAUACUUAAUUUCUUGGACACGGGAGUCAGACUCGUGGAGCCGGGCGGUUUUUGAAAUUUGGGAUUGGCCUCUCGAGUCAUUUCAUGAACUAAACUUUAAGUUCUUACACCCAGGGAGUCAGCUGGGCGGUUUGGGAGCCACUUUUAUUGUUGCUGAAACUAUUACUUUUGUGAUGAUAUUAUACUUCCUCCUUUCCAAAA